AUGCACAGAACCUACUCCUUAAGAUCGUCAAAGGCCCCAACUGCUUCCCAAUUGCAGAGCCCACCACCCCCACCAUCAUCCACCAAGAACAGAUUCUUUGGUAGUGGUGGUUUGUCCUCCUCCAUCAGAAAGGCCGCUGCAGGUGCCACCGGCCCUGAGUUGUCCAGAAAAUUGACCCAAUUCAUCAAGAUGGAAAAGAACUUUAUGAGAUCUGUUGAAGUUACUUCAAGAGAAAGAAAAGACAUUGCUAGACAAUUGAGUGCUUGGGGUGAAAGCAACGAAGAAGACAUUAGUGACGUCACUGACAAAUUGGGUGUUUUGAUUUACGAAAUUGGUGAAUUGGAAGACCAAUACAUUGACAAAUACGAUCAAUACAGAAUCACUUUGAAGUCAAUUAGAGACAUUGAAGGUUCCGUUCAACCAUCAAGAGAAAGAAAACAAAAAAUCACCGACGAAAUUGCUCAUUUGAAAUACAAGGACCCUCAAUCCCCAAAAAUUCCAGUUUUGGAACAAGAAUUGGUUAGAGCCGAGGCUGAAUCUUUGGUUGCUGAAGCUCAAUUAUCCAACAUUACUAGAGAACAAUUGAAGGCUGCAUUCAAUUACCAAUUUGAUGCCACCAGAGAGUUGGCUGAAAAAUACGCCUUGAUUGCCGGUUACGGUAAGGCCUUGUUGGAGUUGUUGGAUGACUCUGCUGUUACUCCAGGUGAGACCAGACCAGCAUACGACGGUUACGAAGCAUCUAAGCAAAUCAUCAUUGAUGCUGAAAACGCUUUGGCUAACUGGACUUUGGACUCAGCUGUCGUCAAGCCAACUUUGUCAUUGCACCACGAAUAUGACGAAGACGAAGAAGGUCCAGAAGAAAUCACCGAGGCUCACCAACAUGAAUUUAACAAGCACGACGAAGUCUCAACCGAUGGCCAUGCUUAA